AUGGCGCACGCAGGACAGCAGGCGCACCACGACUUGCUUCGUCGACAGCGCCAGACGGGCGGGGACCUGGGCGGCGCGUUGGCGGGCGUCGCAGAGUCCAUUGUUGGCGGAGUGUCGAGCGAGGCGGCGGCGACGAGGGACACGGCGGGCGGGCAGACGAGUGCCGCGCAGGGGACGAGUGCACCCGUGCAGCAGACUACGACGAGCGCAGCAGCGCCGCCGACGCAGCAGACCUCCGCCGCACCUCCUCCCUCGUCCUCGACGACCUUGCAGGAGGUCACGCACUCGACUACGACCUCUGCCGCGCCUGUCCCUUCGUCUACUACGACUGAACCCGUACAGCAAUCGACUACGACUACGACCGCAGCCAGCUCGACGACGACGCAGGCUGCAGAUACCUCGUCCACUUCUGCAACGACAAGUUCGACGACCACGACCACCGCCGCCUCGUCCUCCUCCGUCCUCUCCCUCUCUUCCGCCAGCGCCUUCACGACCGUCGUCGUCGUCCCCGCCUCGUCCAGCACGCUCAGCUCGUCCGCAUCCGCAGCGACUGUUUCUCGCCCCGCUAGCAAUGCCGCGCAGAGCGGGACGGGCGUCUCGACUGGCGCGGUUGUCGGGAUCGUCGUUGGUGCGCUUGCAGGUGUUGCGGUGCUUGCCUGCGCUGUCGUCUGGCUCUUCAAGAAGAAGUUCACCCGCGACGACGACGACCAGGUCUCGCCUUUCGACCGCGACGAGUUUCGCCGCGCGAGCGUCAUGCUCGACGAUGUCGACGAGCACUACGGCUCUCAGUCGCUCAACUCGUACCGCAACGUCACGACGAACGGCGGCGGGCCGGGCUCGAUCAACGGCGGUCACUCGCCUCAGAUGAGCGAGUACUCGAUGCACGACAUGAUGGCCAACGGCGCGCUCGCUCGGUCGGGUACGCUCAUGUCGUCGACUGGCACGGCUGCUGCCUUGCCCGGUCUCGCGCGCGGCAACACCCUCAACGCACCUCGUCCGCCGACGAUGAUCCAGCACCACUACCAGCACCAGCAGGCCCAGCAGCAGCAACAAGGGAUGAUGCCGUCCUUCCAGCCUGGACAAGUCGUCCCCGGCAUGCCUUCGCCCCCUCCGCCUUCGUACCACACCGGCUACGGCGGAUCGGGCGCAAUCGACCUGUACGGAGCGACGGGCGGCGCAGGACCGUACGGCGCCAUCCCUCACCCGGCAGGAAUGGGCGGACUCGCGCCGUACCCCGUUGCGGCUGGUGGACUCGACCGCUCGCUUUCGACCGCCUCUGCCGGUCCUUGGCAUGGGUCUCGCGCAGGACCAGGCGCCGACCUCUCGCGCAACAACUCGCAAGCUUCGGCGUACUCGCAGAUGUCGGACGGCGCGCAGGCGGGCAGCUUCCUCCCUGCUGCUCUUCGCCCGGGCGGAUCUUCGCACGGCCACGGCGGACCCGGCACGAGCGCCUACGACGAACGCCCUCUCUCGCUCGUGCACGAAGACGACGAGCCGUACUCGCCUUCGAACCCGACGUUCGACCGCGCUCGUCAGGCCGGAGCGGAACUGAGCAGGUCCGGCACGCCCGUCAACCACAACGUCCAGCAGACGUUCUUCUCGCACUCUGCGGCUGGACACGUGCGCGAAGAGUCGCUCGAUGCGUUUGGUGCGCGCAAGGGCUCGGCGGAUCGCGGGGUUGAACAAAGCGGCGUUGUUGGGAGGUGGAGCGACGGAGAAGAGUUUGCGGAUGACGGAGCGAGCGUCAAGCGUGAGCGGAGGUUGAGCGUCAGGAAUGGCGGGCUCGACCAGUUUGACGAGGACGAUGCGGGCGUCUAUGGCGGGAUGCACUGA